GUAUGCUGAAGUGUUGCGAGCACCACCGAGUGCUGCGAUCCGUCUGUUCAUUUACUUGUUCACGGCAAGUUUGAUCCUUCCUCAAAACAAAGAUGAUGGAAGGCAAAGCGUGCCUUUCGCUGCGAUCAGUACUUCCAGGGUUCAUUGCCGCGUCGCUUCUGCCGCCAGACUUCCUUUUCUGAAUAAAGUUAUUCGCUGUUGCCCCAGGAAGCAUAACACAUCCUAUGAAUCACUGAGGAGAGCCUCUAUGGGAGGCCACAAAACAAACACGAUUUCUCGGAGGGUUGCUUCACAGCUAAGGAUUAGAGCCGCGUGACCGACGCCCUUACCAAGCAGAUCUCUGAAGCUUCCCGAGAAGGUGGCUGACAGCAGGACGAACGCCUGUAUCGCUAAGGCACGCACUGAUUUCUGAGGAGUUUCAGUGAGACUACAAUUAUCGGGGCGUGCUGGGCACUCUGGUGCCUUCCACUUUAAUACAGUAGAUGUAUUCAUUGAGAACUCUGGAGUAAUCCUGAGGGUUUGCCUCUGCUUUUUAAUAGUAUCUGCGGAAGAGUAAAGCGUUGUCUUAGGAAGAAUUCUAAUGGAUGAAGCUCGGCGGCUGGAGAUGGCUUUUUCCUCAUCGUGUAAUAUAAUUUGGACUAUGAAACGGAUCUUAAAGUGCCAGUUUGCAGAUUCUGUAUAAGUCCAUGCACGUUUUAGAAAUGGAAGACGGUAUUAAUGAAUACUGUCAUAGAAAGUUGUUAAGGAUGAAUUAACAUUAUAAAUGUGUGUGUAUGCCUGUGGGCUAGAAGGGUGUGUUAGUUUCUUGAACUGCUGACUGACUUGUUUGAAUUUAGCACUUGCGUUUUACAGUAAGUUUUCUUUUUCUUUCACUUGCUGGUAAUGAAUUUCACUUGUAUUUUUUCCUCUGCAGUGAUGUCGCAAAUGGUUUUUGCAACAAAAAGUUAAUAUGGGAAAGGAGCAAUAAGGAUGGAACCUCUCUUCUCCACCCCGGAUUUCACUGAAGUUUGUUAUCUAAGUUGAGUGCUGUUGCCUUCUAAAAGGGCCCUUGAUAGGUUUCAGAGAAAAAUCACAGAAUCAUAGAGAUUGGAAGGGAUCUCUGAAAAAUACUUGCCCUUUAGUGAAUAUAGAAGUUUAAAGAAAAGAUGGAAGGACACAAAUUCGUUGUGUGACUUAAUCUGAUUACAUUUAUCAAGGCACAGAAGUAUGCUUAACAUUUGGGCAACGUAUUCAUCUUCUUCUAGUGACUGCGUAAGAGUGGAUUAGAACAGAUGGAUGUGUAAGUAUUGAGCAUCUCCAAGGAACCGUAAAGCAGUACGGCAGAGAACAUGAGAUACCUCAGGAACUUUUUUAUUUACAACUGUCUGUUUGCAUUCACUUUUUGGAACAAUAUUGGCCUGGCUAUGAAAAAUGAACUCUUUACAUCUGUUCCUAACAAUUUUCUACAAGAUAGUUUGGACAAAAAAAACUUCAGCCUUCUACCCUCGAAUACAAGUGAUCAUCAGUCUGAAGCUAAUUUUGGUUGGGUUGUGAUAGAAAAUACUACGGAAAGCCUAUCAUUGUCAGAAAUCACAAAAGACGAUGUACAAAACUUAAUAACUUUAUUAUCUAAUUUUAGAAAAGGCUCCAGGCUACAAAAUCUGACACUGACGAAUAUGUCAGUGUACUGGGAAGCUUUUAUUGAAGUACUCCAGACAGUAUGGCACUCAUCCAUUGAAUACUUCAGUAUCAACAACUUAAUACAACUGGGGAACGUCGUAAGUUCUCGCUUCGACUAUUCAGAUACUUCCAUGAAAGCACUUGCACUGAAUAAGGUUUUAGUCACAGAUCUAUUCUUUUCACAGGAUGACAUUUAUAACAUAUUUGCAAACAUGAACAUUGAAGCCUUGACAAUAGCUGAUUCUGAGUUAAUUCACAUGGUAUGUCCUUCAUCUGACAGUCCUUUUAGGUAUGUAAAUUUCGCAAAGAAUGAUUUAACAGAUCUGCUUUUUCAGAACUGUGACAAACUAAUUCAACUGGAGACAUUUAUUUUGAAAAGGAAUAAAUUUGAGAGCCUUUCCAAGGUGAGCUUCAUGACCAGCCAUAUGAAAUCACUGAGGUAUCUGGACGUGAGCAGCAACUUGCUGCGUAACAGUGGAGCUGAGAAGCGCUGCCAGUGGACUGAUUCUCUGUCAGAGCUGGACCUGUCCUCCAACCAGCUGACAGAGUCCGUGUUUGAGUGUUUGCCCGUUCAUAUCAGCAAACUGGACCUACAAAACAACCAGAUUGCCAGUGUCCCCAAGGGGAUUGCUGAGCUGCAGUCCUUGAAGGAGCUGAACCUGGCAUCCAACAGGCUGGCCGACCUGCCAGGGUGCAGGGCCUUUGCGGGCCUGGAGAUCCUGAACGUAGAGAGGAAUUUGAUCCUCACGCCAAGUGCCGACUUCUUGGAGAGCUGCCCGAGCGUGAAGGAGCUGCAAGCUGGGCAAAACCCGUUCAAGUGUUCGUGUGAGCUGCAGGACUUCCUGCGCCUGGAAAGGCGGUCUGGGGGCAAGCUGUCCGGCUGGCCAGAGGCGUACGUGUGCAAGUACCCAGAAGACCUGAGCGGCACGCAGCUGAAGGACUUCCACCUGACCGAGCUGGCCUGCAACACCACUCUGCUGCUCGUGACAGCUCUGCUGCUGACGCUGGUGCUGGUGGCUGUGGUGGCCUUCCUGUGCAUCUACCUGGAUGUGCCGUGGUACGUGCGGAUGCUGUGGCAGUGGACGCGGACGAAGCGGAGAGCUUGGCACGGCUGCCCCGAGCAGCGGGAAACCGUUCUGCAGUUCCACGCCUUCAUUUCGUACAGCGAACGCGAUUCGUUGUGGGUGAAGAACGAGCUGAUCCCCAACCUGGAGAAGGGGGAGGGCUGCAUCCAGCUGUGUCAGCACGAGAGGAACUUCAUCCCUGGCAAAAGCAUCGUGGAGAAUAUCAUCAACUGCAUUGAGAAGAGCUACAAGUCCAUCUUUGUGCUGUCCCCCAACUUUGUGCAGAGCGAGUGGUGUCACUACGAGCUGUACUUUGCCCAUCACAAGUUGUUUAGUGAGAACUCCAACAGUUUAAUCCUGAUCUUGCUGGAGCCGAUCCCACCAUAUGUUAUCCCUGCGAGGUACCACAAGCUGAAGGCUCUCAUGGCAAAGAGAACCUACCUGGAGUGGCCGAAGGAGAGGAGUAAGCGUGCUCUUUUCUGGGCCAACCUGAGGGCAGCUAUUAACAUUAAUCUGUCAGUGCCUGUUGAACAGAACAGAACAGAAAUGUGAAGAAAGAUACUAAAAGUCUUUAUAAUGCAGUAUCUUCUUCUCCUUGAAUUUUUUGUUUUGUUUUGUUUUUUAACCAAUAAAUACUUCAUGAUUUUCA